AUGAGGGCAGUGGGUGCAGGCGGGCGCUCGCUCGCACAGUGGCAGCGAACAGAGGCAGCAGCAGCAGUUGUCCAACCCCCACUCCCUCCCACAGCCACCCACUCGCCGCCAGUUCCCGCCCCGCUAAACUCGCCCGUUUCAUAUCUCCACACCUCCGCCUGCGCGCAGUUUCUCGCCUCACGUAUCAGCUUCUUCCUGACGUCGUACGUGCUGCCGCUGCUGCUGAUCGUGAGCCUGUACCUGCGCAUGCUGAUGCGGCUGUGGCGCGCCGGGGCGCCUGGCGGCCACCUCUCCGCCGAGAGCCGGCGCGGCAAGAAGCGCGUCACGCGCAUGGUCGUCGUCGUGGUCGCCAUCUUCGCCGUCUGCUGGUGUCCCAUACAGGUGAUCCUGGUGCUGAAGACGGUCGGGAUGUACGACAUCACGACGGCGAAGGUGAUGCUGCAGAUCGUGUCGCACGUGCUGGCGUACAUGAACUCGUGCGUCAACCCCAUCCUGUACGCUUUCCUGUCGGACAACUUCCGGAAGGCAUUCCGGAAGGUGAUCUACUGCGGGCCGGCGGGCGGCGGCGGCGGGGCCUGCGGCCGCUGCACGCGCACACCGCCAACGGCACCAAGACCACGCGCGCCGACGCCUCCACCGACGACCUGCUCUGAGCUCCCACCAGGUCGGUGCGCCGCUCGCCUCUGGUUCACACCCAACCCGUUCUCUGCAGCUUAG